CCAGUCACAUAUCUUUGCGUUCGAAGAUGGCAAUGGCCAGGGUUCUUCACUUGACGACAUGAGCACCCUGUCCAAAUCGCAGUUGUUCCUCAUAAACAGUAUACGCAAGUCGACAAUAGGUAAAUGAAAAUCCCUGUUAUUUUGCAAUCUACUUCGUUUAAACUAGUGAUUAAUGUGGAGGUGAGGGAGCAAACUUCCACAUUUAAUAUUUGUCCAAUAUAAUGGCGAUGUAAUCGACUAGCCCCCCCCCCUCCUACCAAAAUUUCAGGCCUUGUGCCUCUAGUAGAAAGGAAUGUAAUCACGAAACAAAUAGAACGAUACGGAUGUAAACUGACUGUCUUAUCAUUAACAAAGAGUUAAUAAAAUUUGACUAAUAUUCUUUGGAGUAAUCUGUCUUUUGUCAGUUGGAGAAUCACUUUGAUUAAGUCACUUUGAUAAGUAAGUAACCUUGAAACGUAACUCAUUACAGUUGCCGCUGUCUUGAGAUCCAAGUUUGCUCUGUCUCAGUGGCUAAUUAAUGUAAAUCAGUGGAAUCAAUUAAAACAGAAAAGGUGAUUCAAGUCAUGCACUCGAAAUACUUUUGUAAAACUGCCCAGAAAUCAGUUGAAUUCUGCCGUUUGGAUCAGUGAGACGCACAAUGGUAAAUGUUGACAGCAGGAUGGAGGAACCAAAAACGGGGAAAGGCAACUUUAAAAUCCACUAUCCUGCUUUGGAUUCUUUUUGUUAAAACGUCUACUUUGCAGAUAAAGAAAGGAAAAACAUUUCUCUCACAGACAAGCGAUGAAAAUAGUCACGUUUGAAUGAUAUUGGCAAUUAAGGUUUAUGGUGUGAGUACCUUGCUGUAGUCUUCGCUGAAUAAAAAAGAACCAAAAUGAAAUUCUGAGGACCGAAUGCAUAUUGAUUAACAUCGGAAGAUAAACAAGUACAAUGCCUGUUGCAAGCGGUGAUCCUCGAAACUAUGUGAAAUGCAUACCUAUACCAACUGCUAAUCACAAAGGUGUUAAAAUACAAGCUCGAAGUUCUACUAUAUAUAAUGCAACAAUUCCAACUCGUGAUGAAAUUCGCAAAGCUAAUUACACUCGACGGCAACAACAACUUUCCAGUCAAGGCUUUUAUUGCCCAGUACAUUUGCCAUAUAAGGAAAUUGGUGAACCAAUAUAUCUUGAUGAGGAAACUCUUAUUCUUCAUGCUGUUGGACAACUUCAAGAGGAUGUUAACAAGAAGAAUACUAACCAAACUGACAAUGAGAAAAAAGACAACAAACAGCAGCUCCAGUAUGAGCGGCCUCCAUCCCGUUCUUAUGCUGUUACUAAAAUGAUAAAUCUGAGAAGUAAGAAACAGCUCAAUACACUUAACAAAGCAAUAUCUAAUGGCAGGGUUCUGGUGCGUAAUGUAAGUCUUGGAAGAGAUCUUUUUGUUAUGAUAAAAGAAACAGAACACAAAAAGAAAAAGGCAGUUGAAGAUGAAGAGAGAAAGAGAAAAGAGAAGGUUCGAUUACAAUGGAGAAAUCCUAUGUCUGACAGCAGUGAUGAGAGCGGCAUAGAAUCUGAUAAUGAAUCUAACGACUCACAGAAUGACUUAGAUGGAACCAAAUCAAUAGUGUCUGAAAGUUCCUCAUCAAUGAACAAUAGCUCCAGUGAUAAGAAACCCACAAUUACUGAGUACCCUUCAAACAGGAAAAAAUCAAUUCAUGCUAGACCAUAUACACCACAACAUAACAAUAUAGCUCAUUGUGUUAGCAAUAUAAAUGGGGACUCUUUAUUCCGACAGCUAUGUGCUCUCCAUUGGCUAUUGGAAGCUUCCAGCAAUGAUUCAAAUCAUUCUAUGAAUCACAUCCAUUCUUCUUGGAAUAUAGAGGAUAUUGGUGGAUCAAAGAUAUUCUUAAAGAAAUUUCAGAAACAAAGAUUAGAUUACUUCAACACUUCUGGAAUCAUUGGAAACGCCUGUUAUAAAUUGGCAUCUGGCCGGAAGCAAUAUGGCUAUAUGACACGUCGCUCAAGUAGUCGGCGGAGUUCAUAUACUACAGGGUUAAGUGUAAGUACAACACCAAUUCAUCAAUCUCAAGAAGUUGCUAGUCCAUCUUAUCGAACGGAAUCUAGUCUUACUGAAGAUUGUCUUGAAAUGUUAAAUGAAGAUAAUAGCUCGGUAUCAUCUCUACUUCCUGAGUCCGAGUUAACAAUAGGUAACUUAACUGGACAAGAUAACACUGAAGACAAUGUAAAACUGAAGUCCACCACAGAAACUUUUUCAUCAAAUGAAAAUUCAAAACUCAAACUUUUGGAUGAAAUGGAAAGGAAGAAAUCAAGAUUGAAUUCAAAAUUUGAUGAAUCUUCUCCAAAAGUAAAUUUUGUUGCAAGGCAUCAGAUCCGCCCUAAAAGUUCAUCUGAAGUUAAAUCCAGGCAUCACCAAGAAAAUCUCAUCCAGUUAUUGCGUCAAAAAUUUGAAGAUGUAAAAGAAGAUAAAGCGUUUUCUUUGCACGAUACUUUAGAGAAAAUAGAGAAAGAAAAUUUGUUAGUCUGUCAGAGCAAGUAUCGAGCAAUAUCAGCAGACCAUUUCAGUUACCGCCAUGUCCUGAAUGAAAUGCGUAGGAAAACAGUUUCUCAGUUCAACAAAUUUGAUGAAAAGAUUGUUCCAGAUAAUAAUUGGUUUGUGGAACUUCAGGAGAAAAUUCCGUCAGCUUUAAAGUCUCUCUGGUAUUAUAAAGCAAUACUUCAUAAGCUUUCCAAAUUCAGUUUUGUGAAAUUUGGUGAGAGGUUAAGUGCUUAUAAGUUCCUGAAAGUCCUCUCAACAUUGGAACCUUGGGAUAUAUGCAGUCCUGAUAUCAGUGCUGCUAUAGAAUUUUGUCGAGCAAAAAUUACUGAUAUUACAAUUGAAGAAUAUGAGAUUUGGUUCAGACAGCAAUUUCCAGCUAUUUACCGACCAGAGACAGCUCCUGCCUCCACAAGGAAAUCCAACUCUCAUCAUGCCUUUAGCAGGACUUUGACCUUAAAGACGUAAUAUACUGUGCCAUUGUUUUGUUGUUCAAUGUAAGAGUUAUUUCAUUGGUUGUAAUAGAUAUUUAACAAAUCUGUAAUAAUUAAUUGGAUGAGGAAAUGAGGAGGAAAUGUGUUGUGUUAGUUCUGUGAUCCAUCUCUGAGAUGUUUGUUGUUGGAUGCAAGUCAAAAUGGUAUAUUUAGUAAAAUACAUGUAAAUCAUAUAUCAGUAAAUAAUGUAAUUUUUCUUUUUAUUAUUCAAUAAAUUUAUUUCAACCAUGAAUCAAAAAAUAAUGAAUAAAUAAAUUUAUGUAAAUUUUAUAACCUAAAAUGGUUUACCUGCAGUUAUAAUUUAAUUACAACUAUAAUUUUAUUCAU